AUGUCCUCUGAACGUACCUCACUCCUUCCCAGCCAACAUGCGAACGCAGAAGCAGGACCCAGUCAUCCUCCUCUCCCUCUGAAGGCACGAACGCAUGUCACCUUGGAAUGCCAAGCGAACCAACUCAUCUCUCACCUCAAAUCUCCUUCCGCCAUAGUCUAUACACCACUCAACACCGAAGUAGAUCUCGCAGUGCACUUGUAUGCUUUACAUCUACUUGAUCCGAAACGCUAUAAGAACCAUGCAUCAAUCAGAGCGAGGAUAGCAGAUUCCGAGCUGGGUAGGAAGUUGAGAGAGGAGAUCAGUGAUAGGGUAGAAGACCUGUUAGACCGUCAUUGUGGUGGAGAUGAACAUGAGACCGAACAUAGUGAGGAUGAAGAUCUCCAAGCGGUAUUUUGGAAGAGGUGGAAAGUGAGAAAUGAUAGCCAUCAGUGGAUUAAUGCAAUCGACCUGCUGUUACCUCCUUUCACAACCCAUCCUUCGCCUUUCUUAUCGUAUCCCCUCGUUCGUCAUAUACUGGAAUUGGCUUGGACUAAAGGGAUAGUCCAUUUAGAUGGGCAGGGACAUACCAGACCCUCGAGGGUUUUGAAGAAAGUUGGUGAGGUCGUUACUCCUUCGCGAUUACACUUCCUGCAUUUGGCGUCAUUCCUCAUUCUCUACGGGUUGACGUUGAGUAUAGCUCUGUCACCUGGGAAUAGGAUCUCACCAUACGAAUCAUCUUCACCCAACCCCUCACUAUCUGGCAAGGAGGUUUGGUGGGUGCUAUGGACCGCAUCUGACCUGGCACAUUCAUUCCAAUAUCGCACUUCCCUUCUCCGCCGAAUCCUCUUACUGCCUCUUCAUCUAUCGCUCAUCUUCGCUCUCUUCCCUUCUUAUUCCCAAAUAUCAUACACACUCUUACUUCUUUCUAUCCCAACGACGACCUUUUCCCUCGUAUUCCCUAUCAGGCCAUCUCUACCGCUCCUGAUUCCCAGCCUAUUACCUUUGUCCAUACUCCUCAAACGGAUCAUCUAUCGAUCAUUCAAGACAGCUGGGUUACUCAUGCCUUUGGUACUUGGGCUUUUCGUAAUUUUCAGCUGGUCGAUGAAUGGAGAUAUAUUUAGGGGUUUUUAUCAAGCCGUUCAGUCGUCAAUAUACACUAUCGAAACCAUUAUCAACCCAAUACCGAUCGAAGCCAGAGCAUCCAUCCCAGAACCAGUAGAAGAUGGAAUAUCACCUUUCUCAGCGCGAUUAACAAUCUUCGUCACCCUCUCUCUCCUCUUCAUCUGCUCGUUGCUCUUAACUGCCUCAAGAGCGAUUAUGGUCCCGAGGGAAAGAUGGGAUGGGAAAGAUAAGAGACGCUGGCAAGGAGCUGUAAAGGAGGGUGACGAUUGGGAGAAAGAAUAUAGAGUACAGGUGGCUAGAGAAGCUAGAGAAUGUUUCUGUGACGGAGUAAAGGGAUAUAUCUGGGAAGGAAAUACGUUGCAUGAAGUACGAGUUGAAUAUGGAACUGCAGAUGGAGCAGAAGAGGAUGGUACUGCGAUUGAAAGUGGACGGACGAUCAAACGGUCUUCAUCCCGAUUCCAAGACCCAUCCCCUGGAGCUAUCUCGCCUGUCUUACCUCCUCCUCUGAAUCUCAUUACAUUACCACUUGACAUACUCAGCUUGAUACCUCUUGGCGGAUUGUCCGUCAAAGUAGAUCAAGCGAGGUAUAUCAUUCAUCUGGUCGUAGCGGGUUUAUUCUGUUUACCAUUGUAUCUGUGUUCAAGCGUGCUGAGUCGUACGUAG